UGAGAUUGGAGCACAAAAAGAGGGAGAGAGGAGUGGAGCAGCAGCGUGAGCGUGAACAAGAGAAGAAUAGAUAAACGAAAAUUCUGUUGUGAUGUUGAAAGCAUCAAAUAGGUCUGGGAAUUUGGUUGUGAAUGAAUCAGUGUACUUGCGGUGAUUAUGGUUGGGUUUCGUUGUCACUGAUAUGAGAGAAGAGAUAGAGAUAGAUCUUGUGGGUGCAGCAGCUGAUUUGGUGGCGUGGAAUGGACAGGAAUAGAGAAGGUAGGAGAAGCACUAUGGCUGCAAAUGGUUUGGCUAGAAGAAGACACAGGACUAACAACAACAACAACAGCCACAGCCACAGCCACAGCCACAGAGAUUCACCAGAGGAAGACGGAGCGGUGGAGCUGCAUGAGACGGCGAGGCUAAGAGAUCGAGGAGGUAACGGGAAGAAGGAUCGAGAUCGACUGGGGCGGAGUAAGAGGAGGAGGGGUGGUGACAGGGUGAUGCAUAGCAGAGAAGAAGGCGGAGAAGAUACUUCAGAGGAUAGUAUUAACGAUGAACCAGAAGACGACGACGACGACGACAGAGGCGCUGCCUCCGUUAGAAUGCUUUCUCUCGGCCCUAACCCGUCGCUGCAUCGGAAGAGCUUUCCACCGCCGGCCAAAGUUUUUAGACCAGCGCCGCCUACUUGGAAGACCGCCGAUGAGAUGAUCGGGGUGUCGGUUCCCAGAAAGGCUCGCUCAGCCUCCACGAAGAGGUCGCACGAAUUCUGGACUUCCCCUCCUGCAAUAGCAGCCGACCAAAUUCGUCGUCAGCCUUCCACUUCGCCGGUGAGAACGACCAUGCCUUCGGUGGCGUUGUCUCCGGCGUCGCCAUCGUCGUCGAAUGCUUCAGUGAGGAAAAAGAUAAAGACCAAUGGACCCAAGUUCAGACCCCCCAAAUCCUCAUCCAAGUCAUCUUCUGCAGCUCAAGACGAGAUCGAGAUAGAGAUCGCAGAAGUGUUGUACGGCAUGAUGAGACAGCCUCAAGGGCCGUCUAAGCAAGAAAUCAUGGCCAACAGCGAUUCUCGUGAAGGACAUAAAUCUUCCAAUGAUGCCAAGUCAAGGAUAUCUUCACCGAUCUCAAAUUCACAAUCCGCACAGCCUCUCUCGUCAUCGCUUCCACCUCAAAAUUCCAGCUCUUCUGUUAUUUCCUUGUCUGUUGUUGCUCCGAAGAGGAAAAAACCACGGCCGGUGAAGUGCGACGACGAAAAUCCGACGAUUUUCAGCGUUCGUAGUAGCUCCAUUCCAUCAACUGCGAAGGCCGAAAGCGAUCAGCCUUCAAAAGUGGAAACUUGCUCGCAGAAUUUUCAUAAAAUCUCAGAAUCUGGACCUGAAAAUGGCGGUGUAUCAUACGAUUUGGUCAAUUCUCAAGGCGCUCUAGCAUCGUCCGAACCGCAGCCGGAGUCAAUUAAGUUGGAAAGCAACGUUUCGUCGGAUUCUAAGCCGUUGACGGAGGAAUCGGAGAAGCAAGAUGUGGGAUUGAGUAAGGAGGUGCCCCAGUCACCGAAGAAGGAAUCUCCUGUGGUCAAAUUAGAUCAUGAUCGCGAGGAUGUGAAAUCGACUAAAGCGAAUACAACUUUGUCUGAGAGUGAAAACCAGCGAGAAGAGAAGUUCCAGAUAGAUCUGAUGGCGCUGCCGCCUCCUCCACUGAGAUCUUCUCCCGAAAGAAAUGUGGAGAUUACUUUUGUGGCUGGAGAUCCUAAACCUUUGGUAAUAGACCCUGAAAUGGAAGUUAAGCCUGUGACGAAGGAAGAUGAUAAAUCGCUGAGAAUGAGUAAGGAAGAGGUUGCAGCCGUGGAAAUGGACAAAGCUGAGUCUCAUAAACCGGACAUCAUGCGGAAGGAAAGAGGUACCGUCUUGCAGCUUGAUGUGGAGAAGGCUAAUAGGGUGGAUACUAGUGGAAAUGGCAGCUUAGUUAACAAGAGGCAACAUCAAAACAACAUCCAGAGGCAGCAGCAACAGCCUAACCCAGAGAAAAAUGUUUUAUCCAAUUCCGUGCCUCUUCCAUUGUCUGUUCCCAGCUGGCCUGGCGGGCUUCCUCCCAUGGGAUAUAUGACAUCUCUGCAAGGAGUAGUAUCCAUGGAUGGGACUACAGUGACUUCUGCAGCUAUACCGCCACCCCAUCUACUUUCUAAUCAGCCUCGGCCCAAAAAGUGUGCAACCCAUUACUACAUUGCUCGCAAUAUAUUAUAUCACCAGCAAAUUGCGAGGAUGAAUCCAUUCUGGCCAGCAGCAGCAGGUUCUGCAGCUUUGUACGGGGCAAAGCCCUGUAAUCUUAAUGUUGUGCCCUCCACUGAAUUGCAUGCUAAUGUUCCCAGCAGGGCUCCAAACCCUACUCUAGACAAAGAUCACGGUCUUGGCAUGUUUCCAGGUCAUGUUGGGAAGGAUAAAGGCUCUCAGCCUACUAACUUGGAUAGUUCUCAAAGAAAGCAAAUCUUGCUUCAGCAAGCCUUGCCUUCCGGAGCACCUAAUAAUAUAUUGCAUGGUCCUGCAUUCAUCUUUCCACUGAACCAGCAGCAAGCUGCUGCUGCCUCUGUUCGACCGGGAUCUGCUAAGUGUUUGCCUGGCACAAACAGUGGAGGAUCAGCAUCUGCUUCUAAUUCAGCUCCGCUCAAUGCUUCGGGUACAGGGGUGGCUGCUGCACCACCAAUGAGCUUUAGCUAUCCAAAUAUGCCCGGCAAUGAAACUCAAUACUUGGCCAUUUUGCCUAAUAAUGCUUACCCAUUUCCAAUACCAGCACACGUUGGUGGUCCACCUGCAUACAGAGGAGCCCAUGCACAGGCAUUGCCAUUCUUCAAUGGGUCAUUCUAUUCUUCUCAAAUGCUCCAUCCUUCACAGAUUCCGCAGCAGCAACUUCCUCCUCAAUCACAGCAGAGCCAUCAAAACACCAGUAUUUCUACUGGAUCCUCCUCUUCCCAAAAGCAUGCACAGAAUCAACAAAAGCCUAAUGGUAGUGGCUCCAAUGGUGGUGGUAGUGGUGUUGUUGGAGGCAUGCAAGGCUUUCAUGUCAAUAAGAGUCAACCAUCGCAGCUUCUACAGUUGCAGCAGCAACAGCAGAGGCAGCAACUGCAGAAUCAUAAUGCUUCUCAUCCAGCUCGCCAAAUUGAAUCCGAAAUGGGUGGUGAAGGUAGUCCCUCUACUGCGGAUAGUCGUCUCACUCGCACUACCAUGAGUAUUUAUGGACAAAAUUUUGCAAUGCCAGUGCAGACGCCAAACUUUGCUUUGAUGACACCUGCAUCAAUUAAUGGUACUGGUUCUAAUGGUAGUCAUAGUGAAAAGACGCAAGCUCAACAGCACCCUGGUCCAAAGGCUACAGCUGAAAUGUCUCAAGCAUUUGCCAUGUCAUUUGCGUCCGUCAAUGGUGCAACUGCCGCCCCUGGCCUUGACCUCUCAUCUAUUGCACAGAGUCACCAUAACUAUCAGAUAAUGGCCGGUGCACAAGCUGCCAAUUCUCAGCAGAAGAAGAAUUAUUGUGUCCCUGAAGAAGGGAAAGCUGUGUCUGAUUCUUCUAACCCAGAAGAAGAUAGAAAAUCCACGGGAGGGAAAAUCCCAGCUACAGUCGGGCAAUCUAUUGCAUUCUCAAGGCCAGAUGUGUCUGAUCCUCCAGUAACUGCAUUAACUGGCAACAAUGUCAUUGAUAGCUCUGCACGAACACUCGGCCUUGGUUCUGCUUCUUCUCGGACUGCUGCUCCUGUCAUGCCUGCUGGCAUCAACACCAGUUCAGCAAGUUCUCAGCAACAUCUGCAACGAAAUCAGCAGCAAUAUAUUCAGCUUCAGAAACAGCAUCAAUUUGCAGUUGCAGCUGCUCGAAGUAAGACACCAUCAACAAGCAAUGGCAGUGUCUACUCUGAUCAUCUUCCUUCUACAUCAUCAAUGCCCCCCAAGUUUUCUAAUGCUGUAUCUGUUUUUCCUCAAAACCUUGUACAAAGCAGCACCACAGUUGCUCAGUCACCUCAAUGGAAGAACACUGUAAGGGCAACCACUUCGCAGUCUUCCCCAUCUAUGACUUCACCACCACCACCAUCAGUCAAAAGUCUUCCUCAGCAGCAGGCUCGUACCCAGCAAGCCCACACUCAAAUAUCUUUUGCAGCUAAUCCGAAAUCAUCCACUGUACAAGUGCAACCUUCAAGUUCUCCGUCUCCUCCAGUUAUGGCUGGCUCGCCCACAACCUCAUCGAUGUCCAAAAAUGCUGGUAGUCCAAGGACAACAUCAACGUCAACCAAUAUUAAGACGAGUCAAACGUCCUUAGCCUCUCAGCAAGCCAAGAACUCUCAGGCUGUGCCAAGUCGUAAAUCCUCGCCUGUUGGUGGUCGGAAUGUGCCAUCAAUCCUCAGUGGUCCUCAGCUAACUCCAUCUUCCAGUACUGGGGCUAAACCUCAAAUGCAACAACAGCAGCAGCAGCAACAAAUAUCAAAGCAAACAUUACAACAGGCCCAGCUGGUCUUCUCAAAUCCUUAUAUACAUCCUCAAAUUUCACAAUCUAAUUGCUCUCCCUCUUCUACUUCUGCUGCAAGUGGGUAUUAUGUUCAAAGGCGCGGCCCCGAGCAAAUGCAACGACAGAGCUCUUCUAGCACUUCUCCCUCUAAUGGUGCCACUGCGAACAAUACAAAAAGUGGUGGCUUACCUAUGCCGGGUCUUCUGCAUCCAGCACAGUUUGCUACAAUGCCACCAUCUGGAAAUCACCAUCAGUUUGUUCCUGCCGGUUUUACUUAUGUUCAUACUGUUCCCUCUGCGGUUCAAGUGAAGCCAGCAGAACAAAAACAACCUGCGGGUGAGUAGAAUGUCCCUUGUUUUCCUUACGUUGCACCCUGUGCCCAUGGUAAGCAAAGGUGAAUUAGAUGGGACUUUUGAAGUGAAAGAUGGUGUCUUGCGAAUGUGAGGAGACUGUUGAUGCCAUUCAUGUUUGGCGCCAAGAUGCAAACUUUGAGUAGAACACGGCCAAUGGAGAUAAAUGAAUUCAGAUUCCGCAAUUUUUGAUGGGAAAUCAGCCAAACCUAUGCAAUGUGCCUCUGAAGUGUGUAGUAAAUCAUUUGUACACUUGUGUUUAUAAUCUGACAAAGGUUGAUCUUGAAGUCUAAUCCAAUUCGAUUGGUUUUUAUUUCCGGAAGAGGUGGUUGGUUUUUAUUUUAUUUUAUUUUUUCUGGGGAGGGGGGCGGGCUGGUGGUGGAUGCUUUUGAACACACUUCCUUGUUGGCAGGAAAUGGAAGGAUUAAAGGUGGUGGAGGAAAGGGCAGGCAAGAACCACCUUUCCUUCUUUUGGGGAUGUAAUGGAGUUUACGUUAGUGUUCUCUUCGUUACUUGCUAUCUUUAAUUUUAAUUUUGUCUUCUAGUCUAGAAGGCAGUAAACAUCUUUUUGACGUAUCUAUGCUGGGGAGGAUGAGGAUGUACGUGUAUGGCAGCUCAAUUUUUUUAAUUCAAGAUUGUGUCCCUCUUUUAUUGAUGGUGUUGUUAUGAAGCUACUCUUUUUUUUUCUUCAAGUUAGAAUGAAAUUGGGUGGGCAGUGACAAGUGGGUUGCAAAUUGCUAUCUCUGAAUGUGAGUGUAAAGUAAUAGCAAAGAAUAGGAAGAUGCCUUUUGAGAAGUGGAGACUGGCAUGCUUUUUGGCUGUGGCAAGUGAAAAAUCAAUCUGUAACAAAAAGAAAAAAGCUAAGGUAGAUAAAUAGUUGAUAGUUCCAGGAUAUUCAAAAUCUUCGAGGGCUCUCAUCUCAGGAAUCUUCGGUCUGAUUGGUUGGUUAUGUGCGAGGGUGUGUGGUCCGGAUUUUGUGGUACCUCUGAUUUAUGCAACUUUGAUUUCAAAGAUAGUUUAACAGCAUCACUGUUGCUCUUUGACAAAAUAGUUUUGCUGAAAAGUGAUUCUCUUUAUUGUCAGUAUCAUACACGUGUCUGAUAACUAAAUAAAUAUAAUAAAUAUCAUGACUUCAUCUUUUGAAUGAUUAUAUUGAUUAUUAUUGUCCUGUGCAUUUAAAUAUCAUAUUAAAUGAUUAAAUAAUGUUGUUCUAUGCUGGUACUCGACAGUCUUUAUCAUAUAGGUGAAAUUUAUAUUCAAAGUUUGCCCUUGAUGUGGGCCCCCCUGAAACAGCACUUUGGCCCACUUAUGAAAUCAGAGCGGUUAGACCUUUCGGAAGCCAGCACAAAGCAGCAACACGUUGUGGGUCUUUUGCCAAUACUCCCUUGUGAAUUGGGAUGAUGCGAAAAAUUUGCUGUUGUCUCACGCAAACACAAUGCACGUGUUAUUAAAAUGUUUCAUACUCGGCUAUUUGCACCAGAGCUCAACUCUUCUGCCUCAACAAGCCUGCCAUAGCCCUUUUUAGCUUUUCUUCCUUCAGUUUCUUCGUGUCAUGAGCGAAAACUCGCAUGAAAGGCGUAGAAAGGGGAACAAUAUUGUAAAAUUGGCUGUCAAAAUUUUGUAGU